UAUUCACAACGACCCUCUUCAAACCUGACUCUUAUGGUGCAGUCGUUUACAAACAGCUUGAUAAACAUUUAUAUUUUCGCAAUGAACAAAAUCGCACUCGUGGCUUUUUGUGUUGCUCUGGUAACGCAGCUUGAGCCUGUAAGAUGUUCUGGUGGCAAAGAUUUAGCGCUUGACGUUGAAGUCGCGCACUCUGACCUGCUGCUGCUCAGUGCCAGCAGUUCGAGCUGUUUUUUCCGGACAAAUGACAUCAAGUCUCUGAUAAACAACGAGUUUAAAACUCAAGUUGGUCAAAUUUCUGGAAAAUUUUCAGAUCUUGGGAUUGACCAAGCUAUCAUUGACAAAUUCAACGCUGACAUGAACCAAACGAGCGUGAGCGCCAACAACCUUCUGCAACUCCAGCUCAACACCUUCCAGGGCUAUGAGGAAAGAGUGCACACCUAUGAAGAGAACCUCCUGGUCAACCUGGUGGCCAUCCCUGAUAACUUGGUGUCUCUCCGCAAAGACACAGGCACCACGUUGUCCAUCACUGUUGCUGUCGAUAACAAUUUGACCACCUAUGUCAACUUCCUUAGUGCCGAGGUUGUUGGAAUUAUAGCUGAACAAAGCCAACCCCUUGUGGGUGAGAUACUGGAUAUUCUGGAUAAUAUUCUUGCCCAAGAAGACGCAGCCCGCUUGAAGUUGAACAAUGCUAUAUCCGUUUUCGAAGGGCGUGCAAACACCGCUGUUGUAUCUUUGGAAAUAGUUGCUAACCAAGUGUAGCGUAAAAAAAUAAAAAUAAUAAUUUUGCAA